AUGCACUUGCUGUGGGAGAACACCAUGAAGAAUUUAAUUUCCCUCUGGACCGGUGACUUCAAGGGCCUUGAUGUCGGUUCUGGGACCUACCAAUUCGAGAAACAGGUCUGGGACGCUAUAGGGGAUGCAACAGCGGCGUCAGGGUCCACCAUUCCUAGUUGCUAUACGAGUGCUCGCCCACCUAACGUCGCCUCCAAUCGUUCAGCGACAACUGCCGACUCAUGGUCCUUCUGGACCCUCUUCCUCGGUCCUGUUCUCUUACGCCGCCGUUUCACUCACCAGAAGUACUACGAGCAUUUCGUUGAUCUCGUAGUCCUUCUGCAUAUCUGUCUUCAGUUCACGAUCACAGCUGGCGACGUUGUGCGCCUCCGAGAAGGUUUUGCUUUGUGGGUAGAGAAAUUCGAAGAACUCUACUAUCAAUAUGACCCCUCGCGUCUUUCAACAUGCCCCGUAACCGUCCACGCCCUCCUUCAUAUUGCCGAUACCAUCGAGGCGUGUGGCCCUGUAUGGGCAUAUUGGGAGUUUCCUAUGGAACGGUAUUGUGGCCUUAUUCGCCCAGCCAUCAAGAGCCGCAAACAUCCAUAUGCGUCUCUUGAUCGCUUCGUCAUCGAGAGUGCUCAGAUUCUCCAGAUUCAGCUCAUUUACAACCUUCAGGACCCUUCCAUAUCCCUCCAUCCCCGAAAAAAUGAGAUCACGAUGAGGUCUGGUCUGAGCAAUCCUGCUUACCCCACCUGCACACUCCUAACGCCACGUCGUACAGUAGAGUCGUCCAGUCCACUCAUAGCCAAGAUCACGAAGACGCUCGCCACCCGAUUUGAUGCACACCGUCAAUUCGCCGCCCUGAGGUGUUGCAUUGCUGAGGCAUUCAUCGAGGAAUGGGGUCGCGUUGCCAUUGACGAGGGCGACGUGCUAUAUACAGCCUCGACGGUUAACGGUACUCCUGGAGAAGAUCGCCGUGACGCCACAUACGUACGGUACCACAUCAUGGUCGACAAAUUUGCGCACCUUCGUAAUGUCGAGCCCGUGUACAUCCCACAGACACAGUACGGACAUUUACAACACGUCGUCGCUAUCCACCUCCAACGUUGCCCUACGCUUGGAAUAGAAGAACCGGAGGUCGUCUUCCUCGCCGGCGUCACAACAUGCGAAAUCGAAGCCACGCACGGUCUCUUGGACAUUCAAUACUACUCUCACGAGUCUAAAACAGAAGAGUUCAUGGAUUUGUCGUGUGUACAAUGUCUGGUAGCACGCGUAAAGGAUAUUGGUAGGAGAUGGGCAAUUUUGGACCGCAGCGGCUCUCUAUCCCGUCCAAAUUUUGUUGAUACAUGA